AUGAACACGCCGCAGAGAACAACUCCGCAACGCCGGCCCCGCCGCAACAUCAGCGGCCCGACCACCUCGACAGCGCCGCAGCCGCGACAGUUGCACACGGUCCAGUCGGCCGGCUGUAUGGAGACCCGAACUCAGCGUCCCAGACGCCAACGCUCCUCGGUCUCGUUGUGUGGAACCCCCAAACCGAACAUGUCCGGACUGGCAGCUGGCCUACCCAGCCCUUCAAGCCGAACCAGCUCGAAUUCCUCGCUGUACGCGGGCUCCAAGUUCACGGAUUCCCCGAUGGCACGCCACGUUCCCCAGCCGCCCUGCAACUGGCUCACCGAGUUCCAACGCCCGGCCUCGGCACAACCCAAAUGGCGCACCAGCCCCACGCCCUCAACGGCCAGCUCCGGGAUGGCCUCGAUCUCCGAGACGGACCCAGAAUCGCCUUCCUGCGACUCCGUGGACGAGCUGGUUCUGCCCCCCGUCCAGUCGAAGCCAGCCCCCAUCCGAGUGCACCCACUCCAACUGAUCAGCGCCUGCGCCGCCGUCUAG